AUGCCGGACACCAGUGCACAUUGGCUGGCCACCCAUUCAAGUUCAAGAUGCUUGACCGCGAUGCAUGCCUUCAGAAAUUCGAGACGGCCAAGGUCAAAGUUGAAUGACGAUUCGCUCCUAGCUACAAUCAGGUCUUACGGAAAAAACAGGCAGUGGGUUGCAGCGUUUGCAGCACUCCGAGAUGCGUCGCAGUCGCACGUGCAUGUUGGCAUCAAGCUUUGCAAUGCUGCUCUUGUCGCUUGUGGGCAGGGCCGACAGUGGCAAUUCGUGCUGUCGUUGUUGGGUAAUUUUGAGGCGUUCAAGGUGGAUCCAACCAUAGUCAGCUACACAGUUGCGAUCGGUGCUUGCCAGAAGUGCGGUCAGUGGCGACAGGCCCUGGCGUUGUUGUGUGGUGCCUGCGAAUGGAAGCUAACGCCAGACAGUGUGACCUAUGGUACUGCUAUCGACGCGUGUGCAAACGGUAGGCAGUGGCAGUGGGCGUGCUCUUUGUUGAACGUGCAGUGGGAGCAAACGCAAGUACCGGACGUCUUGUGCUACAACUCCGGCAUCAGCGCUUGCGAGAAGUGUGGGCAAUGGCAGCCCGCGCUGAGGUUGUUGAGUGAGAUGUGGGAUGCGGAUGUGGAUCCAGACGUGAUCUUUACGGCUGUACCGGUCAGCGCGUGUGAGAAAGGUGGACAGUGGCAAUGGGCAAUAUCCGUGCUCAGAGAACUGCAGGAUUCAUACCUUUCACCAGACACCACCAGUUACAACGCUGGGAUCAGCGCGUGUGGGAGGGCCGGAGAGUGGCAGAGCGCGCUGUCGUUGCUGCGGGAAGUAGGCGAGGCUGUUCUAGAACCAGAUAUCAUGUCUUGUGCGGUCCAGGAUGUGUUGCGUGCUAAUGGGGUGGCGGGUGGCGGAAGGGACUUUACGAGGGAGGGGGAGGAGGAAGAGGAGCCAGGCGGCGGAAUGGCGGAGGUUUCUUGGAGGUGGGGCAGUGGAGGACAAAGUUGUGCAAGGAGCUCUCACACGUUAGCCUCACACUCCCUUCAGCCCGGUGGGCGACGGGGUUGGCAUAUUGCACACAACGCUGCUAUUAGCGCAUGCGCGCAAGGCGAACAGUGGCAGAAGGCGGUAGCGUUGUUGAGCGAGAUGAGGGGAUUGAGUACGGCAGCGGACGUAAUCAGCUACAGCGCUGGGAUCAGCGCGUGCGGGAAAGGUGAGCAGUGGCAUCGGGCGUUGGCGCUGCUGCGCGAGAUGUGGGUGGCGAAGGUGGAGCCCAAUCCAAUCUCUUUUACAAUAUUGCUACAGCGCUGGAAUUACCGCAUGCGGGAAAGGCGGGCAGUGGCAGCGGGCUUUAGCACUGCUCAGCGAGAUGUGGGAGUCGAAGGUGGAGCUUGA